ACAAUGAAUCUUGAAAAUGUUCGUGUUAGUGAAUGCUAGGUGUUAGCUCAAAAUAUUGGUAGAGGUGUGAAGCUAGCAUAAAAUAUUUUGAUAUUUAUUAUCUGUGGUUCUAUUUGGCAUCUUCGUCGCCAGAGGGCAUGUGUGUUGUCGUUAAAAAUGUUGGUCGGAAACUGUCUAAAAUGAUGAAUCCGGGUUUUCAAAUGGUUAGAACUUUAAUUAUCUUGUAGAAAAACCACCCAAAAUGAUCCGAUUUAGUAGUUAAUUAGUGGAAAAGACUUUUUACCGGGGUAGAGAGUGGUUUCGGUGUGAAAAAGUCAUAAGACUUGUGUCAUCUGACUGUUCUUCCUUCAAGAUGGCUUCUUCGCCGGAGUACGAUAAGGAACCAAAAGCCCCGGAUAAAAGUGCCACAACUGUAUCUAGUGAAGAUUCAAAACUACUACACAAUUCAAUACACGACCAACAAUCGAACUCUGACCUCAAGUCAACACAUAACACCGACAAUGCCGAAGCGGAGAAUAACAAAGACGUGGAGGCUUUGGACGACAAAAGUCUUCAGGCGCUCCUUGAAGAGGCUAUCGCCUACAAAGGUCCCAAAGAUCGAGAGGGUAAAAGCAGUUUGUUCAAGGAGCUGCUCGAGGAGGCCGAACAGGACGACCAGGCGUGCGAGGCGGCGGCGGCACGGUCGCUGGGCGGCUGUCGCGGCUGCUCGCUGCAGGACCUGGUGGCCGCGCUGGCCGCCGAGCCCGCCGCCGGCCCGCGCCGACACAACGCGCGCCGACACGCGCCCGCGCCCUCCAAUGUGUCUACGCGCGCCACGCAAGGCGGCAGUCUGCCCUCCGGCGUCGACACAUCGUCCCUGCUGAGCGAGGAGCCGGCGCGCGGCGCGGGGUACCUGGCGACGGUGCGCUGCGUCAACCCGCCGCCGCUCGCCGAGCGCCGCGUGUCCGCCAGCGACGCCAACGCGCCGCACGACCUCGAGCUGCUCAACAGAAGGAGCAAACCGACGUACCCGAUGACGUACACGGCGCGCGCGACGCUGGAGAUCGGCAGCGGCAGCGUGUGCUCGGGCCGCGCGGUCACCACCACCACCGCCUCCAACCAGGUGCGUACGCCGCAUCACUCACUCACCCGCCCUGUGCGCCCCCCACCCGCCCCGGCGGACCACCACCAGGCCAAACUCAUGAACGGACUGCGCCCCAGGGCGCCGCGCGACUCACGCCUCGAUGACGGUGGUGGUGGCCAACACGGACACGCGUCCCGUGUCCUAACACCAGAAGUUUCGGAAUAUGUAGCGGAUCAGGAAAAACUUUUCCAGGCGUUAGAGAAUUCCAAAGACAAUUGUUUUGAUGUAAUAAAAACCAGAGAUCAAAAAGGAUUCGAGGAAUUAUUGGAUACUGAAGCAGAUCCAAGCGGAACUCUCGGUGAUAACGAUUACUUCGAAAUGAAAGAAUUUACUGAAAUGAAAAGUCUAUUUGAAAGUAUUGAAAUCUUAGAUGUUAAAAAGAACCUUAUAAAGGAUUCCAAAGGAAAUAGGUGUGAUAAGGACAACGACAAUAGUAUUGAACUCUUAGAUGCACAUAAUAACGCUGUUAAGGAUGCCAAAGGAUGUAGGAGCGAUAAGGACAAGGAAUACCAAAUGGAUCAUGUAAUAGUUAAGGACAUGGAAAAUAUGCAAAUCGAUGAUAAGGAUGUGCAAGAUGUAGAAGCUGAUAGAUUGGAUAUUGAAAAGGGACAGAUGGAAAAAAACGAUAUUCAAACUAAUCUGAAAACUAAUAACGAUGAUCAAGCUGAAGCCAGUGAUCAUUGUAUAGCUAAUAAUAAAGAUUGCGGUGUGUCUUUAAACUCAAACACCGUGCGCACUGAAAAAAAUCUGGAUAAUUUAAACGUCACACAAGACGUCGAUGAUAAAUUAACUAAAUUGAGUGAAAAUAAAACUAGCGACGAUCGAUACGUAUUAGCAGAGCUGCCUAACAAUGCUUACGUUUUCCUAACACUUCCUAAGCGCUUGCUUACGCUUACCAAUUGUGAUGACGUUAUGCGAGUGAAAGAAUUAGAGGCCAAUAAUAAUAUCAAUCCGUACAUGCCUGGUAACACCGCUGUUGCUAAGCCGGCAAAGAAUAAAAAGGAAAAGGCUGUAGUACCUAAAAAUAGCGACAUGAGGAAAGAGGCAUUUAAUAAAAACGCUCUGAAAGUGCUGUUAUUUGAGAGCCAGCUCAGAGGCGAUAGAAUGAUUUCGAUCAAAAGCCGAUUGUCGCCUAUUACGGACGAGGUCGAUUCCGCUAUACCGUUUAGUUGCAUCACAACACCGGAGGUUGUGGCCAGUUGCAACACGACGUCGUCCGCGUCGCAGUCGGCGGUCGCAGUCGAUGCCAAGCCGCUGCAGCUGGGCUCGAGCUACCGCGCCGUGGCCAGUCUCACGGGCGCCGCGCCCGCGCCCCGCGCCGCCGGCCCGCACCCCCCGCACCCCCCGCACCCCCCGCAACCCUCGCCCGAACACGCGCUGCAGCCGCGCAGCGUGAUUCCGAGCAGUUUCAAUGGGCUGCCGCUCUCGCGACCCAACUACGGCUCCACGGCCACCACCGCACCCGACGAAUAUAAGAAAUCCCUGGAUGAAAAUGGCAACUCAGUACAAGGAUUCAGCUCACCUCUCGCGGGCUCCGCGCAACACAAGAAACCCAGAAGGAAAAAGUCUUCCAAAAACGAGACCGUCAUCGAUUGCAGACAGAUAGAUGGUUACCAAGGCGACAAGGACGUGAACGAGCUGCUGCGGUUCAUCGAGUCCAACGCAGAGGGAGCGCGCGCGCCCAAGCUCGGCCGCGCCAAGCACCGGGACGACGCCGACGACAAGGCCGGCAAGAAGCGCUCCACCGAGCGCCGCAAGGACAAGGACAAGGUCAAGCGCGCCACCUCGCUCGAGGAGGUGUCGCGCACCAAGCUCGAGGACCUCACCGCCGGCCCGCGCCGCGCCGACCCGCCGCACCACUCGCACCACUCGCACCACCCGCACCACCCGCCCGCCGGCAAGCCCGAGCGCCGCUCCUGGGGCGACACGCGCGAACCUGACCACGACGACCCCACCACCGAGCUCACAGACUUCCAGACCGUCACCAAGAAACGCAAGCAACGCCGUCAAGCUCCCUCGCCGCCCGGACCGCGCCAAGCGCCGCCCUCCGCGCCGCCCUCCGAGCGCAGCAACGAUUCCAACGACGACCUCGACUCGGCGCACUCGCCGCCACCCGCCGCGCCGCCCGCGCAGCCGCACGCUUCAUACGCGGACAUCGCGCGCACGCGUCACAACAUCCCCGACUUGAUCGAAUCGUGUAACUUCUACGCGGAGGGCGAGGGUGAGGCGCGGCGUGCCGCGGAUGUCUGCUGCCGCCGCCCGCCGACGCGGACGGCUACCCCGCGCUGGAGGUGCGCGCGCCGGCGGCGGGGCGCCGCAGAGACGGGCGCGAUGCCAAGCCGCCGCCGCCCUGCGUGCGCCGCGACCGUAAGGGAGCGCGCGCCCGGCGCCGAGCCGCUCGAGCCGCGCGCCGCCGACGGCCCCGCGCCCGACGUGGUGGCCGACCGCCGCCCGCCCGUCAUCCUGCUCGACGUCGCCGCGCGCCCCGGCGACAUGGACGGCGUCACCUUCGGCUUCGACAUCAACGAACAGCUGCUGAGCGGCCCGGCGCGGCGCCCGCGCUGCGACCUGGUGCGGGACGCGCUGGAGGGCGGCGCGGGGGGCGGGGUGGCGGUGCGCGCGGGCUGCGCGGCGCUGCGCUACGUGCCGCCCGACCCGCCCGCGGACACGCACCACCUGCACCAGAUCAUCGACUACGUCGGCAACGCGUGGGAGGACGUGGUGCGAUGCGGCGGCGGCAAGGUGCGGUACUUCAGCGAGUAGCGGCGUCGGCGUGCGAGUUUCGCACGCCCCGAGCCCCCCUCACGCGUGUGUAUCGGAUUAUAUUUUUGUCGCUUAAAUUAAGAGAAAUAUUGAGUGGAGUGCGCGAACCCUGUGAUCUCUACGUACUCUGACGGACAGUGCGCGGGAGAGCGACGGUCGGACGCUGCAAGCGCAAUGCCCUCUCAUACCGAACGUACUAAAGUGAGUGAAGGUGAACUAGUGACGGUGAGCGAUGUGGGCGCAGCUGCGACACACGCGGCGCGGUCACAGAACGAGACUUAACCGAGAACUACCUACGGCAUUUAAUGUUCAAUGUACACUUAAAAAUCAUAAAAAAAUAAUAUUAUAAGGUUAGUCGAAAACUCAAUGUUUGUAUUUAUUUGAGAUUAUGUAGUCUGACGCGCAAUAAUGUAACUAAAGUUCGAUUUAAUUGAUUGUUAAUUUGAAUCUUCCUGAGCAUGAUAUUUGUCGCUUGUAUUUUUGAAUUUUUCGUGUUUUGCAUACAUGUGACUGUAUUUCCCAAGUUAAAGUUUGUAUUGUUACCAAACUACACAAUAUUACCAGAUAAAAGGAGAAUUAUCGGAAGAACUAAAAAAUAUAGAAAAGAUUGUGUUUAAUUCAUUAGACUGUUGGAAAUAAUGAGAAGAGAGUGCGUUUGUAAUGGUAUCGCAUUAACUGCUGAGUGUUAGACGGCUAGUGAUUGUGUUUUGGGAACUGUGUACAAAUUGAUCAAGCAAAAACUAUUUAGGUAAUAAAAUAUGUGUGAUUCAUUACUGUGCAUCGUUUGAAACUAAUAUAAACGUCUCGUCGGUAAUGCGCUGUAAAAUAUUUAACAUUAUAUAUUUUAUAUGUGUAUAAAAUAUAAAAAUACAUAAAUAUUGAGAUGAGUAAGUCACCGAGUGAGUGGCGAGUGCUGAGUAUGAAGCGAGUGUCGCGAGUGAGAGCAUGCUGCCUGUCUGCUGCCACUCCUAUUAACUGUCGCGCCAGAUUCACAUACAUUAUGUAGGUUUUUUUACGAAAGCAUGUAAUAUUUUGUUUCUGUUAAUUUUAUUGUGCUUGAGUGUUGUUAUGUAAUCACAAAUAUUUGGUAGAUUUUUUUUUGCUAACUAGCCAUGCAAAUCUAUUUUGUUAUGUAUUUUUAGUUUUAACAUGUUAAUGUGAUGUAAAUAAAUUGCGGAUCUUAAGAUGUAACUGGCCAUGUUUGUAUGGAGCGGUGCCAUCUAGCUUGGCCGUUGUCUUAUUACGGAUAAAACACAACAUACAAAUUCUAUAGAGUACAUAUAUUUAUAAACAUCUUGUAAUAGCAUAAUAGAAUAUGCCUAACUCCGUCACGUAAUAAGCCAGUGGUCGAGUUACAUAGAGUAUAUGUGAGACUGAUGGGUUGUCGCUCUCCGUAAUGCAUAAUUCAAAUCGAUGAAUAAAUGUGUAUUGUUGCUCAUUACGCGAAAUAAGAA